AUGCAAGCCUCUAGCUCAGAAACGGAAGACCUUCAACCCCCACAUAGAUACACUCCAUGGGUGACUAUCGAUGGUGUGCCCCUCAAGGGUGAUUUCAAAUCGGCUCUAUGCGCGUCUUUAGUGAAAAGAUCGGGUUUCGAGUCGGGGAGUUUUAGACUUCCCUUCCACGGCUCGAUGAGUUUCUCCCUCGUCACUAACUGA